AGUCUACACAAGCACAUGGAGACUGAAUUGGGCCGUAUCGUCGUCCUUGAGGACUUGUUUCUUAGUGGAAAUCCACCAUUGUGAGGCCCUGUGAAGGUGACCACCGGUCAUCACAUCAAUACGCUGCUCUCAUUUCAGGAGCUUGAGGAGAAGAAGAAAAACAAACAAGCAAGGGAAAAGAUCUUCAUGAGCGCCAGAAAAUCCAGAGACAGAACACACUGAGACACAAGGAGCAAAAUGUGGACACUAAACAUGACACGGUUCUCUUUCCUGUUCCUCCUCAUUGUCCUCCUGGCUGGAUGGGGUCAAGCAGCAGAAGACGACGUCACCCCUCGCCUGAGUUUCUCUUACAAUGCAAACGAGAGGUCGGCCAAGAGAUUUUCACCCAAUGGAGUCUUCAAUUACACCUCUCUGCUCCUCAGUAAAGAGGAUAACAUGCUGUACGUUGGCGCUCGAGAGACUCUCUUCGCACUCAAUAUCACCGAUAUCAGCAGAACACAGCUGCAGCGUAAUUUAACAUGGAGCACGCCACAGAGAAAGAGAGACGAGUGCAGUUUCAAAGGGAAAGACUUACUGACCGACUGCUUCAAUUACAUCAAGAUUUUACUGCGUGUGAACAGCACUCACCUGUACGUGUGUGGAACGUAUGCUUUCAGCCCUAUCUGCGCUUACAUCAACACGUCUGAUUUUUCCCUGGUGCGCAGUGAAAUGGGAGAAAUCGUCACCGAAGAUGGUCGAAGCCGGUGUCCUUUCAACCCUGAAUACAAGUCCACGGCCAUCCUAGCUGAUGGAGAACUGUAUGCCGGGACAGUCAGUAACUUCCAAGGGAACGAACCUAUCAUUUACAAAAGCCUUGGCCAGGGCACAGCCUUAAAGACUGAAAACUCACUGAACUGGCUUCAAGACCCCGCUUUUGUGGGCUCAGCCUACAUUCAGGAGAGUUUGCCCAAAGGCAACACGGUCGGCGAUGAUGAUAAGAUUUACUUCUUCUUCAGUGAAGCGGGAAAGGAGUUCGAUUUCUUUGACAACACCAUUGUGUCACGCAUCGCUCGCGUGUGUAAGGGCGAUAAAGGUGGAGAGAGGGUUCUUCAAAAGAAAUGGACAACCUUUCUGAAAGCCCAGCUCCUGUGUUCAUUGCCUGACGAUGGGUUCCCCUUCAACAUCAUCCAGGACAUGUUUGUACUGACCCCCAGCAAAGAGGCCUGGAAGAGUACCGUGUUUUAUGGAGUCUUCACCUCACAGUGGUACAAAGGUGCUUCAGGAAGCUCAGCUGUAUGUGCGUUUACCAUGGAUCAGGUUGAAGAGGCGUUUAAUGGACGUUACCGGGAAGUUAAUCGGGAGACGCAGCAGUGGUACACCUACAACCACCAAGUACCAGAACCCAGACCUGGAGCGUGCAUCACCAACGCGGCCCGUGCCCAAGGGAUCUCGUCCUCUCUGCACAUGCCUGAUAAAGUGCUGAACUUUGUGAAGGACCACUUCCUCAUGGAUAGCGUGAUUCGCAGCCAGCCUCUGCUCCUCAAACGAAACGUGCGCUACACGCAGCUCGCUGUGCACCGAGUACAGGCUCUUCACAAGACCUACGAUGUGCUCUUCAUCGGCACAGAUGAUGGCAGGAUUCACAAAGCCAUCAACGUUAAUCACAAGAUGUAUAUUAUUGAAGAGCUGGUGAUUUUCCCCGAGCCUCUUUCUGUACAACACAUCGAACUGGAUGAUGAGAAGGGACUGUUGUUUGUGUCCAGCUAUUCUGGGCUGGUUGAAAUCCCUCUUGCCAACUGCUCCAACUACCAGAGCUGUGGAGAGUGUGUGUUGUCUAGAGAUCCUUACUGUGCCUGGACAGGGAAGCAGUGUUCAAAUAUCAAACAUGCUCCAACUAAGAGUCAAUGGCAACAAGAUGUGGAUGAUGCCAACACUGCCAUGUGCAAAAUGACAAUGCCAAGCCCUCGUUCUGCAAGGCCGACUCCACCACGUGUUCCAUCAUGUCAUGUGGUACAAAUACCUGUCAACACAUUUACGGUUCUACCCUGCAAGCUGCGAUCCAACUUGGCUGAGAGGCGAUGGGAGUACAGUCAAACCGCCGAGCGAUUCGUCUACCCUAGUCCUGACGGCGGCCUGGUGGUCGUAGCCCAAGUGGACAGGGAGGAGAUCUAUGAAUGUUGGUCUGAAGAAGGUGGCUACCAACAACUUCUGGCCAAUUAUUGCGUUAAAGCAGAGCACGAAAGCACCACCCUGACUGGACGAUCCCGAACGCAGCUCGUGCCCCAAGGGGAGGCGAUUAUCCUGCCCGGGGAAACGUGGUCGCCGCAGAAAACCAAAACGUACUGGAAUGAACUGAUUGUUGUGUGUGCCUUACUGGUGUUCUCCCUGGUGGUCCUGUCGCUGUUUGUGGCAUACAGGAACCGAGAUAGGAUGAAGUCCAUGCUGAAGGAAGGCGAGUGCCCCAACAUGCAACAGAAGAAACCGCGAAUUCCAGGGAAGCACACGGAAAGCCUUCCAUUAAACGGCAACAAUAUCCCGCCCUCUGUGUCUGACCACAAGGGCUACCAGACGCUCAAUGAUAACUACAUCUGCAGCACUCCAACCCACGAAUGCUCCUCACCCGAGAACAGCAAGAGCUUCUCGGAAUCCGAAAAGAGGCCAUUGAACUUAAAAGAGAGCCACGUGGAAAUCUCGCCGACUUGCCCGCGGCCUCGAGUACGACUGGGCUCGGAAAUCAAAGACUCGAUUGUUUAAGUUGGUUUGGGAUGACUGUUAAAAAAAUUAAAA